AUGGCAUUUCUUGUACUGCACGUGUUGAUUGGGAUAUUUAUUUACUUUAGCAGUGUAAAAGGAUCUUCCCUGCCUCAAGCAAGGGUGUUUUUAACAUUCAAUGAGCUGCAAGAAACUAAGACCUCUGAAUAUCACAGAAUAUCCCACAGUCCCCUGGAUUACAGGAUAUUAUUAAUGGAUGAAGAUCAGGAUCGGAUCUACGUGGGCAGCAAAGAUCAUAUUCUGUCUUUGAAUAUUAAUAAUAUAAGCCAGGACCCUCUGAGUAUUCUCUGGCCAGCAUCAGCAAACAAGGUUGAAGAGUGCAAAAUGGCUGGCAAAGAUCCUACACAUGGCUGUGGAAAUUUUGUGCGUGUGAUACAGUCGUACAAUCGCACACACCUCUAUGUCUGUGGCAGUGGCGCCUUCAGCCCCGUGUGUGUGUAUGUUAACAGAGGGCGCAGGUCCGAGGAACAAAUCUUCAAGAUCGACUCCAAGUGUGAAUCAGGAAAGGGACGCUGUUCUUUCAACCCUAAUGUGAACACAGUGUCUGUUAUGAUCAAUGAAGAGCUUUUUUCAGGAAUGUACAUUGAUUUCAUGGGGACGGAUGCGGCCAUUUUUCGGAGUCUGACCAGGAGGAAUGCAGUGCGAACCGACCAGCACAACUCCAAGUGGCUGAGUGAGCCUAUUUUUGUGGAUGCUCAUGUUAUCCCAGAUGGCACUGACCCCAAUGAUGCCAAAAUCUACUUCUUCUUCAAAGAGAGACUCACAGACAACAGUGGCAGCACAAAGCAAAUUCAUUCAAUGAUUGCAAGAAUAUGCCCAAAUGACACAGGCGGCCAGCGUAGUCUCGUGAACAAAUGGACAACAUUCUUGAAAGCAAGACUCGUAUGCUCAGUAAUGGAUGAAGAUGGAACAGAAACGUACUUUGAUGAAUUAGAGGAUGUGUUUCUUUUAGAGACAGAUAACCCCCGAACAACGCUUGUGUACGGAAUUUUUACAACAUCAAGCUCCAUAUUUAAAGGCUCAGCUGUGUGUGUGUAUCAUCUAUCGGACAUCCAGACCGUGUUCAAUGGGCCAUUUGCACACAAGGAGGGCCCAAACCACCAGCUGAUUCCAUAUCAGGGCAGAAUUCCCUACCCACGACCUGGCACCUGUCCAGGUGGAGCCUUCACACCUAAUAUGCGGACAACCAAAGAGUUUCCAGAUGAUGUUGUGACCUUCAUCAGGAAUCACCCUUUGAUGUUUAAUCCUAUUUAUCCAAUACACAAGAGGCCAUUAAUCAUCCGGAUAGGAGCCGACUACAAGUAUACAAAGAUUGCUGUGGAUCGAGUGAAUGCUGCUGAUGGAAGAUAUCACGUCUUGUUUCUUGGAACAG